UAUCACCAUCAUCAUCGUCAUCGCAGCUGCUAGAUGAGAUCGGACCUAUGAACAGCGCUUACGCACAGACGACCCAACCGGACCCAUCGCCCCAUUGUCGACGACAAACUCCAUCAAUCAAUAUUAGUCAAUUUUCCCGUUCUUAUUCUUCUUCUUCUUCUUCUUCGUCCUUCUCCCCCAACUUGCCAUUAAAAAGUAUUGCAUCAUCCCCAUCCCUGCCACCUCCUUUUUUCUCGAUUCAAUCCAUUAUUUAAUUGAUUUAUUCUUCCCUGCUGGCCUGCAAUUGUUCCCUCAUAUGCAUAUUAUAUACAUAUAUUUAUAUAUAUAUUUUCUUCUCUCAUGCACAUGAAAGCACGCUUGACGAAUAAUCUCACAAUGCGUUUUCUGUAAUAUAUUCCUUGCUUUUCUGUUUUUUUCUUUUUUCGAAUGCGUAUCCUUUUCCUGCACUCGCUGGAAAUCGGAUUUGAAUCCCUGUAAAGGCAGGCAGUGCCGUGCGGAUUUGGGAUUGUAAUCAUCUUCAAUUGUUUUUAAUAUUUAGGGCUUUUUUUAGGGUUCGUUGAUCAAUCGAUUUUGGUUUCAGAGAUGGCGAAUUGAGGAUUAAUAUUAGUGUGGAGUCUUCCAUUUCAUCUGAUUUAGGGAUUUUUUUGGAAAUCUGGAGUAGCUUUCAUGUGGCUGAGGUGUGAAUUUAGGGUUUGAAAGCUUGGUAGGUGCGACUUUUGUUCUUGUUCGAGGGAAUUGAAUUAAUAAACAGUGGUGAAUACAAUGGAGAAAUACGAACAUGUGAAGGAUAUUGGGUCUGGAAAUUUUGGUGUGGCCAGGCUUAUGAGGAACAAGGAGACGAAGGAGCUCGUGGCCAUGAAAUACAUGGAAAGAGGGCACAAGAUCGAUGAGAAUGUUGCUCGGGAGAUAAUAAAUCAUCGGUCCCUUCGCCAUCCUAACAUAAUUAGGUUCAAGGAGGUGGUUUUGACGCCGACACAUCUUGCUAUUGUAAUGGAGUAUGCUGCCGGUGGGGAGCUCUUUGAGAGAAUCUGCAAUGCCGGGAGGUUUAGUGAGGAUGAGGCUAGGUACUUCUUUCAGCAGCUCAUAUCCGGGGUGAACUAUUGCCACACCAUGCAAAUAUGUCAUCGCGACUUGAAGCUGGAAAAUACCCUUCUAGAUGGAAACCCCGCCCCGCGCCUGAAAAUCUGUGAUUUUGGUUACUCAAAGUCAUCUUUGCUUCAUUCGAGGCCCAAAUCGACGGUUGGCACCCCUGCUUAUAUUGCUCCUGAGGUUCUAUCCAGAAGAGAAUACGAUGGAAAGUUGGCUGAUGUAUGGUCGUGCGGUGUUACACUUUACGUCAUGCUGGUUGGCGCUUAUCCUUUCGAAGAUCAAGAAGAUCCAAAGAACUUUCGGAAAACCAUCCAGAGGAUAAUGUCGGUUCAGUACAAGAUCCCCGACUACGUCCACAUAUCUCAAGAUUGCCGGCACCUUCUUUCUCGCCUAUUUGUCGCCAAUCCAGCUCGGAGGAUUUCGAUUAAAGACAUCAAAACUCAUCCAUGGUUUCUGAAGAAUAUGCCUCGAGAAUUGACGGAUACAGCUCAAGCAGCGUACUACCGCAGAGAAAACCCGACGUUUUCCCUUCAGACCGUGGAGGAAAUCAUGAACAUUGUCGAACAGGCCAAAGCCCCCCCUCCCGUCGCUCGUGCAGUCGGAGGCUUUGGGUGGGGCGACGAGGAGGACCAAGAGGAGGAUGUCAAGGAAGAAGUAGACGAAGAAGAUGAUGAAUAUGAAAAACAAGUGAAGGCCGCCCACGCUAGCGGCGAGGUGCGAGCUGUUUGAGGCCCCGGCCUGUCUACGCCGACGACGACGACGACAACGCCGGAACCCUAGAAAAGAAAGAAAAAAUCAAAGAAGGGUACAUUUUUAUUUAUGCAACUCUUAAGCUUUCACUGUGGUAAAAAUCAUCUCCAGCAUGUGGAUACUGUCUUGAAUAUGUAAAUAUGCAGAGUCGUUUUUAUUUUGCAUUUAGAAGAAAAUUCUUGUGUAUGUUUUUUUUUUUUUUUGUUUUUUAAUGUUUGUUUUUCGUCGGGCUUAAUGUUGGAUGGUUGCUCGUUGAAUGAAGCUCUAUAAUAUUUUAUGUUGAAUGCAUUUACCAUUAAUGUUAA